UGUGCAUAAAUGAAAAGGCUGCACUCUCUCAAUGCAUGUUGUAACCCACAUCCUGAGCAUCUUUUUCUCAGUUCAGUGUUGAACACCUGUGAGCCGUGCUGCCUUCAGGAGACCAUGGGAGACAAGAUGUGUUUGACGCUCGGAUGCUGCAGAGCAGAAGAAUUAUCGGAGCAAUUCUCCCGCUGUUGGACGAGUCUCUGCAGGAGAAUCAUGCGGACCGAGACAGACGGCUUCUGGCAGAACUUUCGCAGGAGGGCCCCCCGAGAACAGGCCGGGGUCAAAAACACCUCCACCGCCACUGAUGGACACCUCUCACCUUGUGGGGAGAGGACCCAGAAAGUGAGCCUCACGUUUGAGCAGAUCCUUGAGACGAAAUGCUUAAGUGAAGCCAGCCGGCUGCUGUUAGAGCGAGAAGAGCGUCUGUUUGGAGAAGAAAAGGAGUCAGAGGCUCUUACACAUCAUGAGGAAGAAGUAAACAAGCUUGCAGCAGACCGCAGGGUCCUGCAGGACCUGGUGCUGCAGACUCUGGCUCGAGCUCUCAACCUGGGGGAGGACAGCUUGGAGGUUCUGACGUCUGCGGUGCAGGCCGUGAGGCAGGAGGAGGACCAGGACCGGCUGUGGACACAGAGGAAGCGGACGCCUCCGGCUUGGAGGCCCAGCGGCUGGAUGGAGCUUCACGACUCCACGCUCCUCAGCUUGGUGGAGGAGCGCAUGGACAACCCCCCGACGCCCCCUGCUGUCCAGGUGAAGCAGUCCGCUAUCCAGGCGGACGUCAACAACAUGGGCAGGCAGCUGAAGGAGGACCUGCUGUGUGUGGUGCACGCGGUGAGCAGCUGCUACCCAACAGAGAUGGACAUCUGCAAUUUGUACGCCAAGUUGUAUCACCAGACCUUCAGCGCCAGAUUCAUAAAGAUCGCAGACUUUGAACUGAUGGACAAGGACCUCACUUUCCUCCUGCGCUGGGUGAACGAGUAUUAUCCACAAAUCCUUCAGAAGCCGCAGCUGGCCAGUGUGAUCGAUGUUGAAGCAUUGGGAAAGCUGCUGCCUAAAGAGUUACUGGAACCGAUGGAGAAGGAAUACCUGAGCCUCCAACAGGUUAUGCUGGCGACGUACAUCGACAGAGUGCUGGAGGAAGCGAAGCAAAAGUGGAUUAAAGGAGAAGAGCCGACAAGAGAGGACGGCUGCUUCGUCAGUCCUGUGGCCUACGACCUCAUUCAGCUCAUCAAUGGUUUGGUGACUUCAGCUACAAAGGUUGUGGGAGAUGAGCAAAAGGCCCAGAAGAUUACAUGCCACCUGAAAGAUUUAAUGCAAAGGUUCAAGAAAUUCCAAAAUGACGUCAUGAAGCAAAACAAAGCGAACAGCAGGUCGAUCAUCAAAGCGAACCUCGGCUGCAUCGAACAGUUCAGGGACGUCCUCGUUAAGAAGAGACAUCUGUUCACAGAGGACGUGCAGAAAAACUGUUUGCAUCUUCUGACUGACAUUGAACAAUCUGCCCACGCAUACUUAUUAAAGCCUGUGCACGUGGUCCUCAAGCCGGAGUACUACAAACUGGGAAGAAGCAACUGGCUGAAAGACCUUCAGCUGGACGAGCUGCUGCUCAGCAUUAAAAAAGAGCUUCAGGGUCUUCAGGGUUCGAUUGAAUCCUGUCACCAGAAGCUGAUUGGCCAGCUGCACCAGGAGGUCACAGCAGAAUAUGUGAGCAGUCUCCUGAAAGGACGAAUCAAACUGAAGGACACGGAGCAGCAGCAGAAGGCCUACCACACCGUGAAGGAAAACGCGGAGAGUUUGCACGAUUUCUUCGUGGAAAUGGGCUCAGAGGAGGACUGGUUGAAGGAAAUCCUGACCAAGAUUGCAGAAGUGCUGAAACUCCAAGACCUCCCCGCCAUACAGAUGCAAGUCGCCUCACUGGGAACUGCUUAUCCUGACCUCAGUGAGAAACAUGUCUCGGCUCUGCUCAAGCUCAAGACCAACCUCUCCAGAGCCAACAGGAAAACUGUCAAAGUGUGUUUGUCAGACACUUUGAAGGAAAUGGGAAGCAGCAGACAGACUCGUCCGUUUUUCUCCAGAGUUCAAGUGAAAUGAGUCUGUUGGGUUGUGCAGCAUCGUUUACUUAUAGUGUUUGUCGGGCACUGCUGUCUCACUGUGACAAAGCUUUGUUCAAAUGCUGCUUGUGGCUGGAAAGAAUAUUGUAAAAUAGUUGUUACUGUAUAAAGAUAUGUUCACAUUAAUGCUGGUAAACAGGGUGCUUUGUCGGGCUGCACCGAGUAGUUACACGUUUGAAUGUUUCGCAGUCUAUUUAUUCUGUUUGCUGUCAGUAUUUCUGCACAGUUGCAGGUAAAGAUGAGGCCACAAUAUUAUUAUUAGUACAAAAUCUUCUACAUUUAGCCUCAAAAACAAAGUUUUACUGCUCUCCCGCUUGCCACACACAAAGGGAGGCACGCACUGACGGGCACGCACCUCAAUAGGAGCCUCGACUGUAAAAUAAAAAUGACAGUCGGUGCAGCCCGACAGCUUUUUACUGGGAAACAUGAGUGUGUGUGUGUGUGUGUGUGUGUGUGUGUGUGUGUGUGUGUGUGUGUGUGUGUGUGUGUGUGUGUGUGUGUGUGUGUGUGUUCUGAGGAAGUAAGAGUAAGUAAUUUUCAUAUUUUGGCUUACAUGUGCAAUAUGUGGAGAGGUCAUUUUUAUAGUUUUACAUUUUUAUUUCAUGUCUUCUUUUGUACAAAGAAAGUUUAAAUGCAAGUUACGUUUUUUAAUAAACUUGGUGAAACCUGA